UGUUGAGAGACAUUUGAUGGAUGGGUCCGAAGCCAGGUGUUAUGAGUGUGAGUGGCUAUAUAACAUCGUCUUCAGCUAGCUGCGCAGGUUAAGCAGAGAAGAUGGAGACUCAUUUGGUUUUGUCGCUUGCUUUGAUCUUCACUGUAGUUGCCGGCGUUGGAGCCCAAGGCCCAUCCACCUCUCCCGUGCCUCCCACACCCCAGUCUUCACCACCUCCCAUCCAGUCUUCUCCGCCACCUGUUCCUUCCUCACCUCCUCCGGCUCAGUCUCCACCACCAGCUUCCACUCCCCCACCAGCCCCACUCAGCUCUCCUCCCCCUGCCUCCCCUCCUCCUUCAUCUCCACCACCCGCAUCUCCUCCCCCUGCCUCUCCUCCUCCGGCAUCUCCACCACCCGCAUCUCCUCCCCCUGCCUCCCCUCCUCCGGCAUCUCCUCCCCCAGCCACUCCUCCUCCUGCUUCUCCUCCUCCCUUUUCACCACCACCAGCAACUCCUCCACCAGCAACGCCUCCACCCGCAUUGACCCCUACGCCCCUUUCCUCUCCACCAGCCACUUCUCCAGCUCCAGCUCCUGCCAAGGUGGUUGCUCCUGCACUCUCUCCUUCCUUGGCUCCCGGCCCCAGCCUCUCCACCAUCUCUCCCUCUGGCGAUGAUAGUGGGGCUGAAAAGUUGUGGUCCUUUCAGAAGAUGAUUGGGAGCUUAGUAUUCGGAUGUGCUUUGCUGUCCUUGUUGUUCUAGAGAUCAUCGAUCUCUGUCUUCGGACUUGCAGAUUUUUCUGCCAAUUCAUGUUAUUUUUCUAUUUACCUUACCUUUAUAUAUUAUUAUUUUGUGGAUGUGAUCAUGGGAGUUUAUUAAUUACUGUAUUUGAAUUAUAUACGUACAUUGCUUGCAUUCUUGGGAGAUUUGAGGGGAGGUUUUGUAUUCGAGGACAGUUAUUUUGUAUGGCACUAUUAUUAGUGUAUCGAUCGUUGCAUUCUAGUAUUUAA